UGCUGGCGUGCCGCAUGGCAUGGUGAUGGUCCUGGACGGCCGGACCUUGCCAAUGCCACCACACAAAAUCUUAUCUGUUAGCACUGUUACUGCAUCCAAGCCGGCCUAAGCAUAGAGCAACGCCUGUCUCUUAUCUGUUUGCCUGUUACCACACCCAAGGCCCAAGCAACACCCGGACAAGAAGAGCACUCGGCCUCCAUGGCCAGCACCAUCAGGAACGGAGUCGCCGUCUGCACUGCCUGGGCGGCCACCCGACCUUGCCGCCGGCUACCACCGGAUCGGACAAGAAGGUCACCCCAACUCCAACGGCCUUCCCUGUCGACCACAUUCUCGCCUCGAAUUAGAUGCCCGGGCCUGUGGCGUUCGAGAGCUCGUUCCACCUCAGAACGCAAUGAUGCCGCCGCCGACGACGACCAAGUGCUGCUAGAGGCCCCGGGGAGCUUCCGCAUAUACAAGAGCGGGAAGAUAGACCGCCUCAACGACCCCACCAUCCUGCCCGCCGGCGUGGACGAGGCCACCGGCGUCGCCUCCGAAGACGUCGUCCUCGACGCGGCCACCGGCCUCUCCGUGCGCCUCUACCUUCCCAAGAAGCUCCAGGACACCUCCGCCAAGCUCCCGGUCGUCGUCUACUUCCACGGCGGCGCCUUCCUCAUCGGGUCGGCCAAGGACCCCACGUACCACAAGUACCUCAACGCCCUCGCCGCCGCGGCGGGCGUCCUCGCGGUCUCCGUCGACUACCGCCUCGCCCCGGAGCACCCGCUCCCGGCCGCCUACGACGACUCCUGGGCCGCGCUCCGGUGGGCGGCCUCGGCGCAGGACGGCUGGAUCGCCGACCACGGCGACGCCUCCCGGCUGUUCCUCGCCGGCGACAGCGCCGGCGCCAACAUCGCGCACGACAUGCUCGUGAGGGCGGCGUCCGAGGACGGCGGGCCGAGGAUCGAGGGCGCGAUACUGCUGCACCCGUGGUUCAGCGGGAACGCGGCGAUCGAGGGGGAAGCCCCGGCCGCGGCCAAGGUCACCGGGCUCCUCUGGUCCUACGCGUGCCGGGGGUCGGCGGUGGGCGGCGCCGACGACCCGAGGAUGAACCCGCUGGCGCCCGGCGCGUCGCCGGCGCUGGAGAGGCUCGGGUGCGCGAGGAUGCUGGUGACCACGGGGCUCGAGGACGGGCUCGCGGCGCGCAACCGCGCGUACUACGACGCCGUGGCUGCGAGCGGGUGGCGCGGGAGCGCGGCGUGGCUGGAGCUGGAGGGGGAGGGCCACGUGUUCUUCCUUGGGAAGCUCGAGUGCGACAACGCCAAGCGGCUUAUGGAUCGCGUUGUGGCGUUCAUAGCCGAGGCAUGAGUUGGGCGUGUAAAAUGUGCAUCGCUCGAGCGUGUUUGGUUGCCUUCUCAAACAAUGCAUGUACUUUAUA